AUGGGAUGCAUCAACUGUAAGAAGCAGAGGGGCGUAAAUGCCGCUGUUCGUACUCCCAGCUCUCAUUCCUUGCCCUUUCAAUAUUUGCAGCAGCAAAAAGUCCACCCUGGUGUAGGUCCAGUGGCAGACCCCCCUUCCACAACAAAAGGCUCCCCCGGCACCGGUACAGGCAGCGAGACGCACCAAGGCGCUGAAGGGUCUGUGGAGUCCCUCAUUGAGUCUCCGGCUACAUUUGGCAGCGCCAGUCCUCCCGCUUGCGACGAAGUGGAAGAGAAGUGCUUCCCGCAGGAGCAGCGAACUGACGACUUCAUUCACAGAGCCGAAGGCAGUGGGUGCACUGAAGACCCCACUGAUGGUCUUACCUUGUGCAAAUGGCCUGAAGGAAUAGGGGAGCACGAAGAAAGGCGAACCUCUUCCUCCACGCCGCAACCAGACUGCGCAGGUGCACCUACCACGCGAACGCAGCAUCAGCGACCGAAAGUAACGGAUGUUAUCAUACCCAUGCGCAGCAACGACUACUAUGGCUACCGUCACAGCAGCCGCGCCUCGCCACUCUCCCAAAGCAACCCAAAACAGAAACAGCUGCUGCAACGAGAGGGACGGAAGGACCUUUCCAUAGAGACCUUAGCCUGCGUUCGCCGCGGCUUCGACGCUUGCGUCAACAGGGAUACAGAGGUGGCCGAAGCUGAACUGCAGAAGGCGGAGGGUCUACUUGCGGCUCUUCGCGUCAGCACUAACACCCCGGGUGCCAUGCGUCGAGCCUCCCUUCCAGGAGGCUUUGUGUGGUCUGUCCGCAAGAGCGCCAGCAGCAGCCACUGCAGCAGCACCAAGAACAGCAACGGCCCGUGCGAGCCAAUAGAGCUAGACAUUGAGCGUCGCAUCACCAGCCUCAGGAAUAGUUUGAAAGAUAUUCAGACGGGAUUUAUCUCUGCUGAUGCCCGGCGCACUCUCUACUCGCACACGCCCACUGUGCCCCUCUCUCCUGCAGCGGCAGCGGCUGCUGCAGCCGCUGCGGCUGCAGCAGCAGCCGCCGCUCAGAGACCGAACAACGCCAUUCCUGUGCCACAUGCAAGCGCCAAUAGGCAGUUGACUGCCUGA